GGUGUGUUCCCUUUUCCCGCAUCCGGGGCACCAGUGCUUCGCUCUUCGACGCGCUUGGCCGAAUUCUUCAAUCGGCCUCUUCAACGCUUCCGACCAAGAAUCGGUCCUGUCCCCACCAAAUUCGUUUCUCCUGUUCAUACAAUCGUGCCGUAAUCGGUUAAAUUAGGUUUUGAGAUUUGGGUUUUGGGUUUUGCCAAAUUUUGCAGACCCGGAGAGGCUCCGCAGAAGUGGAAUUAGUCCAGGCGUGUUUGAAGAGUCUCUGCGAGAGGCGACUCUUUGUUGCGGCUAUUGUAGAUUGAUUAUUGACUUGGAAGUUUUGGCGUGGCGGUCGUUUGGGUUUGGCUGGAUCGGAGCGGUUUCUUGGGUUUAAGUUGCUGGAGUAAUUGGAAGAGGCAGUAGCAAUGGCGGGCGAGAGGAAGAGAAAGUUAAGCCUGUUCGACGUUGUGGACGAGUCCGUCAAUGGAACCGAGAAGAUGAAAGCGAAUGGCGGUCCCGUGCUGAACCCUCACACCGGCAGGCCGUACUCGGCGAAGUAUUUCGAGAUUUUGGAGAAGCGGCGCACGCUGCCGGUGUGGCAGCAGAAGGCGGAGUUUCUGAACAUCCUGGCCAAGAACCAGACGAUGAUUCUGGUGGGAGAGACUGGUUCCGGAAAGACCACGCAGAUUCCCCAAUUCGUGGUGGAAGCAGGGUAUACGAGCAACAGGAAGCAAGUGGCUUGCACGCAGCCAAGAAGGGUGGCGGCCAUGUCAGUGUCGCGGCGUGUUGCGGACGAGAUGGACGUGACCAUUGGAGAUGAGGUCGGGUACAGCAUUCGUUUCGAGGAUUGCAGCGGGCCGAAGACGACGUUGAAGUAUUUGACGGAUGGUAUGCUGUUGCGAGAGGCCAUGACGGAUCCUUUGCUGGAGCGGUACAGAGUGAUCAUCCUGGACGAAGCGCACGAGAGGACGUUGGCGACGGAUGUGCUGUUCGGGCUGCUGAAGGAGGUGUUGAAGAACAGGCCGGACCUGAAGCUGGUGGUGAUGAGUGCGACGUUGGAGGCAGAGAAGUUCCAGGCGUACUUCAACGGGGCGCCGCUGAUGAAAGUGCCCGGGAGGCUGCACCCGGUGGAGAUAUUCUACACGCAGGAGCCGGAGAGGGACUACCUGGAGGCGGCGAUUCGGACGGUGGUGCAGAUUCACAUCUGCGAGCCGGCGGGAGACAUCCUGGUGUUUUUGACGGGGGAGGAGGAGAUCGAGGAUGCGUGCAAGAAGAUAGGAAGGGAGGUGCAGAACCUGGGGGACCAGGUGGGGCCGGUGAAGGCGGUUCCGCUGUACUCGACGCUGCCGCCAGCGAUGCAGCAGAAGAUCUUCGAUGCGGCACCGCCACCGGCAAAGGACGGGGGACCGCCGGGGAGGAAGAUCGUGGUGUCGACAAACAUCGCGGAGACGUCGCUGACGAUCGACGGGAUCGUGUACGUGAUCGACCCGGGGUUCGCGAAGCAGAAGGUGUACAAUCCUCGGAUUCGAGUGGAGUCGCUGCUGGUUUCGCCGAUCUCGAAGGCGAGCGCGCACCAGAGGGCGGGGCGUGCGGGUCGAACGCAGCCGGGGAAGUGCUUCAGGCUGUACACGGAGAAGAGUUUCCAGAACGACCUGCAGCCGCAGACGUAUCCGGAGAUUCUGCGGUCGAACCUGGCGAACGUGGUGCUGACGCUGAAGAAGUUGGGGAUCGACGACCUGGUGCACUUCGACUUCAUGGACCCUCCGGCACCGGAGACGCUGAUGAGGGCGCUGGAGCUGCUGAACUAUCUGGCAGCGCUGGACGACGACGGGAAUCUGACGAAGCUGGGAGAGCUGAUGAGCGAGUUUCCGCUUGACCCACAGAUGUCGAAGAUGCUGGUGGUGAGCCCAGAGUUCAACUGUUCGAACGAGAUCCUGUCGAUCACGGCGAUGUUGUCAGUUCCCAAUUGCUUUCUGCGACCAAGAGAUGCUCAAAAGGCAGCAGACGAAGCGAAGGCUCGGUUUUCGCACAUUGACGGGGACCACCUGACGCUUCUGAACGUGUACCAUGCGUACAAGCAGAACGGUGAGGACGCCACGUGGUGUUACGACAAUUUCAUCAACGUGCGUGCGAUGAAGUCAGCUGACAACGUGCGGACGCAGCUGGUGCGCAUCAUGAAUCGGUACAACCUGAAGAUGUGCAGCACAGACUUCAACAGCCGGGAUUAUUAUGUGAGCAUUCGGAAAGCGAUGCUUGCGGGGUACUUUAUGCAGGUGGCUCAUCUGGAGCGGACGGGUCACUACCUGACAGUGAAGGACAACCAGGUAAGAGACGAGGGGCUGGGUGGAGAUGUUCCGUGGAUGUUGUUGUGGAAGUAGUGCAGUCCCUACCGGGAACCGAGUGCGUUGUGGGGUGGCGUGAGUGAGUGAAUGUGUGUGUGAAGCGGGGUCCUGUCAUAGCGCG